AUGCGUAAAAAGACAGUUCAAGUCGUCUGGGGAUGUUUCUUCCUGUGGAAUCUCUACAUCUCAUCCUCUCAGACCAUUUACCCUGGAAUCAAGGCAAGGGCUACUCAGCGGGCUCUGGACUACGGCGUUCAAGCUGGGAUGCAGAUGAUUGAGCAAAUGGUCAAAGAAAAAGACAUCCCAGAUGUAAAGGGUACUGAAUCUCUUGAAUUUCUGAAGGUUGAUUAUGUGAACUACAAUUUUUCAAACAUAAAAAUCAAUGCCUUUUCAUUUCCGAACACUUCAUUAGCCUUUGUGCCUGGGGUGGGAAUCAAGGCACUGACCAACCACGGCACUGCCAACAUCAGUGCAAACUGGGAAAUCAAGUCUCCACUUUUCCAAGACACAGGAGGAGCUGAUCUGUAUCUCUCUGGGGUCUACUUCACCGGCAUCGUUAUCCUGGCCCGAAAUGACUUUGGUCGCCCAACCCUGAAGCUCCAAGACUGCUAUGCCCAAGUGAGCCACGCCCACGUCUCAUUUUCUGGAGAACUCAAAGUCCUGUAUAACUCCCUUGCUGAGCCCAUGGAGAAACCCAUUUUAAAGAACUUAAAUAAAAUACUCUGUCCCAUUAUCACAAGUGAGGUGGAAGCACUGAAUGCCAAUCUCAGCGUGCUGGAGGUUUUUACCAAGAUUGACAACUAUACUCUGCUGGAUUAUUCCCUAAUCAAUUCUCCAGAAAUUACUGAGAAUUACAUGGACCUGAAUUUGAAGGGUGUAUUCUACCCGCUGGAAAACCUCACCGACCCCCCCUUCUCGCCAGUUCCUUUUGUGCUCCCGGAACGCAGCGACUCUAUGCUCUACAUUGGAAUCUCCAAGUAUUUCUUUAAAUCUGCAUCCUUUGCUUAUUUUACGGCUGGGGCUUUUAAUGUCACUCUCUCCACAAAAGAGAUUUCCAGCCAUUUGGUUCAAAACUCUCAAGGCCUUGGCAACAUGCUGUCCCGGUUUGCAGAGAUCUACAUCUUGUCCCAGCCCUUCAUGGUACGGAUCAUGGCAACAGAGCCUCCCGUGGUCAGUUUACUACCAGGUAACUUCACCCUGGACAUCCCUGCCUCCAUCAUGAUACUCACCCAGUCCAAGAACUCGACUGCAGAAACCAUCGUUUCCAUGGACUUUGCUGCUAGUACCAGUGUUGGCCUGGUGAUUUUGGGACAAAGACUGAUCUGCUCAUUGUCUCUGAACAGAUUCCGCCUCUCUUUGCCAGAGUCCAAUCGCAGCAAUAUUGAGGUCUUGAGGUUCGAGAAUAUUCUGUCCUCCAUUCUCCACUUCGGAGUCCUCCCACUGGUCAACACAAAGUUGCAGCAAGGAUUUCCUCUGCGCAACCCACACAAAAUCUCAUUCGUCAAUUCCAACAUUGAAGUACUUGAGGAUUUCCUUUUGAUUUCCACCGACCUGAAGUAUGAAACGUCCUUAAAGCAGCAGCCAAGUUUCCCUGGUUGGAAAGAACUGAAUCUGAUCCAUAGGCAGUGGAGGGAGAAGCCAGCCCCUUGAUCGCCUGCUCAAAGUCCACUCCAGAAAGUAAAUGGCGCUUAAUCCCACAUCUA